AAGUUUUACUGUAUUAAAGGACAUAGUCCUCCAUACUAUUAGUGUGAUACAUAUGGUGAAAUUUGGGGAAAUAGAUAUUCUGAAAUUAAUAAUCAUCAAUAAUGUUAUAAAUACGAAGAAAAUAUUGAGAAAAUUCUACUUUAUAAUUCACUUUUAUACUUAAUGAUUUCUUGA